UUUUUAAAGAAAUAUACUUCUUCAGGGAAAUUACAAGAAAGAGAUUUUUGGGAAGAGCAAAACAGAACUGGUAAUGGCUUCAGUAAGAAACCUACCUUAUGGAUUUGGUGCAAAUUACGAGACAGUAAUAAAGAUAAUUGGGAGCAAAUAUGUCCGAUGCCUUGUAGAGAAAAGUGAUGGGAAAGCAAAGGAGAUUGUGAAACCUGAAGCACAGUCCAUGCUCCAAACUUUACCUCUGUGUUAUAUAAGACAGAGAAAUGCAAAAUUCCCAGACUGCAAUAAUCCAGCGGGUCAGCAAAUCAAUAAUGGUGUGAAUAUUGAAUCUCAGAACAAAGAUGGAAUGGAAAAAUGUACACCCAAACAAACAGAGACAAAUGUUAUCAGAUCUGUGGACAACAAAGAACUAAAAUCAUUAAAUUUGCAUUGUGUUACUGCACCCUGUGGAGAUAAAUCCUUAUCUUAUAUUCACUCUAUCAAAAAACCAUCUUUUGAAGCUCAGAAUUCAAAACCAUUUCAACAGCAGGGCAUUCUGCCAGAGUUAACAGAGACCAAGGAUGAGAAUGAUUCUCUUCUAGUUCUGCUCAGAAAGGAAUUUGAGCUUCAUCCUAUAAGUCUCACUGCUUUGGCCAGCCUGAAUGAAGAGCUCAAGGAGAUGGAUCCCAGGAAAUCAGGAUUUCUGUCUCAGGCCCAGUUGAGCACCGUGCUUCUCAAACAUGAUAUCCCGCUACAAUUACCAACUGUCAAACUGCUUUUCAAGAGGUGUUCACAAGCUAAUGACCAAGAACUGAUAGAUUAUGAAAAAUUGAUCCACUCUUGGACAUCAGAAAAUACAUUUCUGACACUGAAGCAGAUACUAAAAGAAUACAAUGGAGAGCUGGAUUUUGAAAAAUUAACCCAGAGUUUUCUGCAAGAAGACCAGGUUUGCUCAGGCCUUCUUUCAUUUCCUGAGGUAGAGGAUAUUUGCCAAAAGCACGGACUAAUUCUACAUCCUGGGAUGAUGGAAACUUUGGCCAAUUUAUGUGACUUUGGUAGAAGAGGCAGAAUGCAAUGGAAACCAUUUGUAGAGUUGCUGAAGAAAGUUCAAACUGGAAUGAAUCCUGCUUUGCUUGUUUGUAAAAGAAGAAAUGAGGACAAAACUGAAGAUAAUUCUCAGAUUAAAGAGCAGUAUAAACUUCAAACUGCUAAUCCAUGGAAUUCAUGUGAUACCAGUGAUUCUGGAGACCAAGAGGCCUGGAUAGACCGGUUCAGAAAAAUGGAGAAAGCCCUUUAUUUAUCUGAUGUCAAAAACACAGGUAAGCUGGAAAAAGAAAAGGCCAAGCGUUUGAUCCAUAACUACAAUCAAAUUUAUGAACUGUGCCUCAGUCCUCUAAAAAUUGAUAAAGCGUUUCGGCCUUUUCAUUGUGGCCAAGACAUACCACUGGAACCCUUACUACGAUACUUGAAGGAGCUGUAAUUUCUGUUGAGAGAAAGAAUUUUCUCAUGGGGCUCUAACCACUGAUGCUCUUGUUAAUUCGAUACAUAAACAUUCUUACCUUUAAUUUUCAGCUGACAUAAAAUUAUAUAUAUAUAUAAAUUUGACAAAUUUUCAAAAUUUGUUUUGGAAAAAAAAUCACCACAGCAAAGAAAUACUGUUUGUGUAAUCUGCUUGCUUUGUUACUUGUAAUGAUAGAACUCAAUUCAAACUCAAAAAAGUAGUAAAAUAGUUGUAGGAAUUUGCUUUGAAAAUUCAUUUUUCAAACAGCAUGUUCACCCAGAGGAAUUUUCUAGAUGAAGAUUCAGGUAUGUCCGCAAUGUAUGGCAAGAAAAUCAAGAUGGUGGCCUCAAUGCUGAGAUCAAAGCUCUGACAAUUUCUUUUUAUGUGUGUUGCACAUGUGACACAGAUAAACAACAGAAUAGAAUAGAAUAGAAUAGAAUAGAAUAGAAUAGAAUAGAAUAGAAUAGAAUAGAAUAGAAUAGAAUAGAAUAGAAUUUAUUGGCCAAGUGUGAUUAGACACACAAGGAAUUUGUCUUGGUGCAUAUGCUCUCAGUGUACACAAAAGAAAAGAUACCUUCAUCAAGGUACAACAUUUACAAUACAAAUGAUGGUCAUAGGGUACAAUUUAACACUUAAUGAUACAACACUUAAUGAUAAUCACAGGGUACAAAUAAGCAAUCAGGAACAAUCACUAUCAAUAUAAAUCAUAAGGAUUACCAGCAACAAAGUUAUAGUCAUACAGUCAUAAAUGGAAAGAGAUUGGUGAUGGGAACGAUGAGAAGAUUAAUAGUAGUGUAGAUUUAGUAAAUAGUAUGACAGUAUUGAGGGAAUUAUUUGUUUAGCAGAGUGAUGGCCUUCGGGGAAAAACUGUUCUUGUUUCUAGUUGUUCUGGUGUGCAGUGCUCUAUAGCUUCAUUUUGAGGGUAGGAGUUGAAACAGUUUGUGUCCAGGAUGUGAGGAUCUGUAAAUAUUUUCACGGCCCUCUUCUUGAUUCAUGCAGCAUAAAGGUCCUCAAUGGAAGGCGGGUUGGUAGCAAUUAUUUUUUCUGCAUUUCUAAUUAUCCUUUGAUGUCUGUGUCUUUCCUGUUGGGUUGCAGAACCAAACAGGGAGAGUUUAAAUCAUACUGUGGCCCUCUUGAUUGAGGAAUAAAAUGGAGUUUCUGUAAUUUAGCUCCUAAUAUCAAAAUACAUGUAGUAUGUACACUUGACAAGUGGUUCAUAUUUAUGACAGUUGCAGAGUCCCGGGGUCAUGUGAUCCCCUUUUGCAAUCUUCUGACAAGCAAAGUUAAUGGGGAAGGCAGAUUCACUGAACAACUGUGUUACUAACUUUAACAACUGCAGUGAUUCACUUAACAAACGUGGCAAGAAAAGUCACAAAAUGGGGCAAAACCCACAUAACAAAUUUCUCACUCAGCAAAAUAAAUUUGGGGCUCAAUUGUGUUGUAAGUUGAGGACUACCUGUAUACAAAUAUUUUGGAAAGAAUUGUUUAUUAUAGAAGAAGGAUAUUUUUAAAAAGUAGAGAUAGUAAAAUGAGGAUUGAUCAUUAUAAGGAUGGCUGGAGUCUCCUCAGUUGCUGCUCUCCAGAUUGUCAUUCUGGCAUUUUCUAUCUUACAGGGCCAAAUUGAGCCCCAGCAGCACAUGCUAGAAGAUCCUAUUGUUUCACUUAUAGUACGAGAAAAUUACUCAUUGUCUUCUGACAAUGCUCAGGGUUAGAAACCUUGCUCAAGGUUUCUAAAUACAAGUAUGAAGAUGUUUACCACAACUUUGACCUUGAAAUGGACCCCAACAAAACAGGAUCCAUCUUGAAGAUCAAAUUUAUUUUUUACUAUGGAUACUUUUGAAGAAGAUCUGAAAGCCUUAAAAAGAGUGGGGCCAUUUUCCAGUAUUCAUAGCACUGUGGGAAAUUUGGAAAGCUUUGCUACUAUGUGACAGCAAUGAAGUAGCAAUUCAGUACUGGACUAGGAAAUGUGUUAAUACUUGACACCCUGAAAAACAAGUGUUUAUGUAUCACAUAAAUGUCUUAAUAUAUUGUUUUUUAAACCAUGUUAGAUGCCUGAUAUAGUUGUAUAAUA